GACGGCCACCAAGCAGCUGAAGAGAGAGCAGCCAGACGGACCCAUCAUGUCCGACAAACCAGAUUUUGCAGAAAUUGAAACAUUUGACAAGAGCAAGCUGAAGAAGACAGAAACCAGAGAGAAAAAUCCACUGCCCACUAAAGAAACUAUCGAACAGGAAAAGCAAAGUGAAAGUACAGCCUGAGCAUAAAACUGAAGAUGUGACUGCUGCUUCUUCAGUGGGGUUUUGGCUUCUGAGUUGGAUUGUUGUUUUAUUUUGUCCUUCCCACCCCAUACUUGUUGUCCAUUUAUUUUAGGAAACAUUUGUUCAUUUAAUGUUCCCUGGAGAAGUUUGUUUUGUGUUUGUUGAAGAAGAUACUAUGUAUUUGCAUUCUUAAAAUUAUAAUUCCAAGUUCUGUAUCAACCUCAUUAUUUGGCAAAAAAAAAAAGGCAAUUUGCAUAGAAAUUGUUUUCCUCAACCUCACAAUAAACAGGUUUCUUCUGA